UGUUUUCCAUCUCUAGAUUCAUUUAGCGUCCCGUCUUGUUUUUAUCGAAUUUGUUUAAAAAAAAAAUAGCGAAACAUGAAAUAAGCGCAAAGUCUUCGACCAGUAAUCCUUGAUUCCUACCUUAUAUGAGUCAGUCCGAAGACGAAGGAGACGCAGAAGUCGACCCCGACUUGGAUGCGGAAAUCUACUCGUCGGACAGCAGGGAAUCCGAUCAGCCCGUUGCGCGCAGGCAAAACUGGCAGCGGAUUAUGACCCAGAAUCCUGACUUUGAUCCGGAUUAUGUGCUGCAGGAAAUGGAGGAUGAAUACGAUUCUGAGGGAUAUGUUGUCAGUGAUGAUAGUACUGCAGAUGAUGAGGAAAUGGCAGAGCUUGAGGAUGAAAUGGCGGAGAUUGAGGAUGAUAUAGCAGAGAAUGAGAUUGCAAUCGCAGAGAAUGAGAUUGCAAUCGCAGGGAUUGAGGAUGAUAUAGCAGAGAACGAGGAUGCAAUCGCUGAAAAUGAGGAUAUAAUAGCGGAGCUAGAGGAUGCAUUGGUAGAACAAGAGGAUGACCAGGCUGCAGGAGAGAACCAGGUUCCAGAACCUGUUCAGAAUCAUCCAGAUGAGAACCAGGAACCCGAUCUCCAUCGAGAACCCAUAGUACCUCCGGUAGCCCUGCUGGAUCCUCCGCCCAUGCCCAGUCCGCCCAGUACUUCCCGUCGAAACCAAGGCGGCGAAGCAGUUGUGAUCUCGCUGGACACACCGUCGCCGCCCAAAAAACGCAAACGUCUCUCCGCCGCCGACAAAAGUCUGAAGAAUUCGCCCGAAAGCAAACCAGCCAUUAUAGAGGACGAGGAUGACGGGCUGACCUGUCCCAUUUGCCUGGAUUCCUGGGAGAUGAGCGGCGAGCAUCGUCUGGUCUCGCUGCGCUGUGGCCACCUCUUCGGGGAAUCCUGCAUUCGCCGAUGGUUGAACGAAAGCCAACGCCAAUCGUCUGUAAAAGUGUGUCCCCAGUGCAAAACGAAGGCCACCUUCCGGGACAUCCGUCACCUGUACGCCAAGCGCAUCCAGAUGCUGGACACGGACAUUAGGGAGCAACUGGAGGUGGAGCGCCGACGCACUCAGACCCUGACCACCGAGCUGGCCACCGCGAAACUGGCCCACACGCUGACCGCCGAGAAGCUGAUGCUCCUGCAGAAGGACUACGAACGGCUGAGGGAGCUGGUGAGGGCAGGCGGUGGUCGAGGGGCCUUUGGAGGCGAUGCAGAAGGCCAUAAGGGCAUCCACCAGCUGGCCACACAUCGCCUGUACAUGGAGAAGAACUUUGAGAUCACCCGCGAGCCCGGCUGCCGAGUUCUGCUCUAUUCCGCCAAGCACUCCAUGCUGGUGGCCUCGCAGAAGAGCGCCCAGAAUCUGUUUCCCGGCUACGGAGUGCGCUUCAUCGAUCCGCCCAGCUUCAAGCCACUGCACUUCCUGCACACUUCGGCUAUGUUAAUCAGGGAUAUUGCUUUUAGCGAGUCGCAGCACUUACUAACGGUGGCCAGUCGCGAGCCAAAGAUUAAGCUAUUUGACAUAAGGACGCGACUGUGCUCGUCCAUGUUCACCGCCCACGACAAGAUGCUCUGGUCGUGCGCUUUGGAUCGCAACGAGCGUGAGCACUUCCUGUACGGCGGCGACCUGCGUGGAGGUGUUUAUAUCUACGAUUUGCGCUUCCCCGAGAACAUUCUCUGCGAGUUCCAAGCCGAAGAGAACUUCAGUCCUGUGAUACACAUAGUUCCAGUGCCACCGAACAAGACUUUCACCAGUGGCGGCUUCCUGGUCUGCCAGCUGACGGCCCUCACCUUCUACGAGUACGCCGCGGCCAGCGAUACGGCUGUGCCCACGCGGCUGAAUGUGGAGGGACCCUUCCUGUCCAUGCAGUACGAUGCCGUGCAGGACACGGUGCUCAUAUCGGCCCGAUCCAAUCCCAGUUCACCCCAGUCACGCUUCAUACUCGGCCGGCUGGACAAGAUUGACGGAACGCCGGUGCUGAAGGUGAAGGCAACCAUUUACGGCUCGAAGGCCACGCCGAUUAUGACGCGACCCACCCAACUGGGCGUCGAGGAUAAUACUUUGGUGGUGGGCUAUCUGCAGGACAGCAAGCAGCUAAUGAUGCAUGAUGUGCGACGGGAGGAGCGGGUGCAAACGAUGCCCGUCAAUGAGGUCGUGUACGACAUCUGCCCCGUGGCCACGCAGGCCGGUUCCUAUUUGGCCGCCCUCACCGACAAUAAAUGCCGCGUCUACAAAGUUAACAGUUCCAAGCGAUAGAAUAUGUGCCUGCAUGCGGAUUCGUUUUCCAUGAAAAUACCCAAAGAAAUGUUUAGUUUUAGCUGAUUUCCAUGAAACAAAGUGACUGACGAACAUAGAAGCUUAGUUCUUAGUUUAAUUUUUUCUCAUUAUUUCCGUUUAUUAAACAUUUGUCAACCUUACGGUUCGCGUACAAGAUUACUCUGAACAUAAAUCUAUAUUGUGUACUCCAUGUUCUGCUUUUUUUGAUUCUUGAUUUCAAUUUUUGAAUGCUCGUAAACUGUCGUGGAUAAGUCUUGUAUAAAACAAUAGAAAAUGUUGGUUCGAUUAAUAUAAUAUACAUAUAAAGCUAUA